GCCAAGGGAGUGGCGCUUGUCGACAGUCUGUCCACCUAUUCUAACUUGUGGCAUAGCAAUCGAUCGAUCGCCAAGCAGCAUCUUCUCACUGCACCAGGUGAUGCCCUGGUCACAGCUGCCGCCGUGUGUUACCUGGGACCUCUUGUACCUGCUGCCAGGGAUGAGCUGUUUGCUGACUGGCUGAGGGUGUGUGAUGGGGUGUCGCGAGAGCCCGAAAAGCGACUGCUCAGUUUGUCGUCAAUGGUGCUCGAAGAUUCUCGGAACAAACGCAAUUACACUGAGCCAAAUAAUGCAGGUAGAACCUCCCGUCCGACCACCCAGUCGACGCUUGCAUCAACCUUAUCUACUAACACGGUGCCACUGCGUGAAGAUGUGUCACUGAAAACGAUACUAGCUGCUGCCAACGAGGUGGAUGAGUGGAAGAGAAAUGAGUUACCCACCGACGAGCAGGCGCUGCAAAACGCUUUGAUACUGAGGAGCUGUAGUGAUGAUCGGACGCGUGCCUGGCCGCUGUUGAUCGAUCCGCAUAAUCAGGCUGAGUUAUGGAUAAGGGCUCUAUUUUCUUAUGAUACAUUGGAUGAAGGUCAAAACAGCCGUCCAGAGACAAGACAGUCCGAACGCUCUGUCUCACGCCAAUCUGGGCGAUCAUCCAUUGAGUUAGAUACUGCUCCCGCUUUAGAUUACGCUAAUCUGGAUCAGUCUGGAGCAGACGAUGAUGAAGCUGAUCCACAGCUCUCAGAUAAUGAAGUGGAUCAGUUUCUCCAGUCGCUUAAAGAGACAGGUAAGGAUGCAACCCCAAUACGUGCUUUUGUACCAGCUUAA